AUUCGAAACGAUCCCAAUUAAAUUUACUCUCUCUCUCUCUCUCUCUCUCUCCACACCUCUCUCUCCAACCCACCACACCAUCGUCAUCGUCAUCUUUCAUUAAUUUUCUCAGCGGCUAUAGAUUUUCUCUCUCCCCAAACAAAAGCAAAACUGUCGAAAGAGAGAAGAGAGAGCUCAGAUUCUCAGAAACGAUCGGUGGACCGUGGAUUCAUCUAUCCUUCAUCUUCUUUUCUCAGUCAGUCAGUUUCAGAUGUUAUUCGAGAGAGGUUUAUGGUUGAAAGUAAAUGCAUAAUUCAUCAUCUCAAUUCUGUUUCAGCUGUUGAAGUCUACGAUAGUUGGAACUUUCUAUUGUUCUGGUUGAGUAGCAAUUUGUCUAUGUUGGUAGGUAGGUAGGUAGUACCUGUUGCAGUAAUGAGCUUUUUAUCUUUUCUUUUACUUUAUAUCUCCUGCUUGUCUAAUGACCACCAAUAUUUGGACUCUACUUUUACAUCUUGGGCUAUGCUUAUAAGUGGAGUUGAAGAAGCACAGAGCCGUACAGAUAGCGAGUCUUAUUUUCAUUUUUUGUUCAAAUCAUAUGUUCUAAUAUCUUAAGUAAGUGGCCUAAUUGCAUUUGUGAAUGGCUUGCGUUUUUCAGCUACUAGGUUGAGCUAGGAUGUUUUCCCUUUUGCAGAUUUGUGAAUUCAGGUUUGCCUGAGCAGUGUUCUUUGUGAUCAAGUGUUAAAAAUAUUGUUCUGCAACAUACACAUACCUUUGGGGGAUUACAUUAGCCCCAAUGCAAGGGCAAAGGAGUGCAGGCAAUUCCUUUACUGAAACUGUUGAUCUUAACCAGGGAUCUGUUUCCAAUAACACUGGUAUGAAUCAGUCAACUGCUUGGAAUAGCAUGCUAAGUCCAGUGGAAAGCCGGUUGCCAAAUUACAUGCUUUCUUCUGCUGAAGGGAACUAUACUUGCACUAAUGCUGUUAGUCAUAGUGCUCGGGGUUUUAGUGGUUGGGAUUUAGGGGAAUCUAGCUCUAGUCAAAAUUUACAAGGCCAAGGCAUUGGUGAUGGUAUGAAAAUCGAAAAUGGUCGGUCGUCCUCAUUUUUGGUUCGUCCUGGGUCUGGACCGUCUAACAUCUUACUUCGCGAUAGUGUUAACAAUGGUAUUGGUGGUAAUCAGGUUACCGACAGACCUUUAAUUAUGCAGAGUUCCAGUUCUAGUCGUGUUUCUCUGAAUAUAAAUUUAAAUGCUGGGGACAUGGCCGGUAGUGGCGAUGGUGGGCAGGACACGGAGCCAGAUGCAUUCCAUAAUUUGUACAAGGUAAGCGGACCAGAAACAGAACAGAUCUUGAGUGCUAAUGCUUCUUCUGAUAACACUGGGAAUUCUUCUGGUCAUUCUGGUUGUUUGGUGGACAGUGAGGGUGAGUCAAGUUCGUCUUUGGGCAAUUGGGGUUCAUCCUGCAAGAGAAAGGCUCUUGAAGGUACUUCUGGACAGUCUUGUCCAGGUGGGAGUUCAAACUGCUUUCAACAUACUGAAAUCUUUCCACGACAUGGUGUUUUUGCUCGUUACAGUGCUUCUAGCAGCUUAAGUAUAUCACCACCACCAGUGAUUUCUCCUUGCAUUGGUCCUUCUGAACAGCUAAACCCAAGAAGUGGCAUUAGUAUGCGUGGAGUAGCUUCUGACGUCUUUCCUCCUUCAAGUGUGACAGGAAUUGCAGAAAGCUCCUCAAGAAUUUUUGGCGUGAGAGGAAAUGUUGGGCAUCACGAAUCUGUUAGGUUUAAUUUACCAUCAACAGGGAAUGCGAUAAACCAUUCUGAUGUGUGCUCCCCUCCCCAGCCAUCUAGACCUCUCUCUUUUACUGAUUCUUUGGACUUGAGACCAACAACCAUAGUAGCACCCAAUUCAAAUAAUCCCCCAAACCAGUCUCAUUCAAUGCAUAUUCUUGAUUUGCCAAGGAAUACACCUGCUUUCCCUUGGAAUGGGACUCUUAAUUCAAGAGCUGGCGGUUCUUCAAGUUCUUUAAUGCUUUCAGGGGACAGAGGUGCAUCAUUGCGAGAGGAAGCAAGUUUUAGAAGCACCCCAAGAAAUGGCAUGGAGCAUCCUAUUGUUGUUCCUCCAACUGAGAUGAGAAAUUCGGUGCAAGACUCAAAUAAUUGGAAUUUUUCUACUGGAAAUACCAGUACUUCUACAAGUGUCCCUUCUAGUUCUCGAGUUAGCCCCAGCUCUGCUAUACGGCCUUUCCCCACUGCGUGGACACCUCAUCGCAACCCCCCAACACAAAAUCAACAAAGAUUAUCCGAAUUUUCUCCUUGGACUUUGUUUCCAUCUGUUGACUCUGAGUCUGAAGCUCUGAGAGCUCACUUUCCCCCAUCGCAUUCAGGCCCUUCUUCUUCAGAGGAAACAAUAAUGCCAUCUGGAGCUAAUAGCCAAGGCCAUCAUCCACCAUAUCCAAGAUCGGCUUUGUUGGAGCUACCUGGUGAUGAUGUGAAUGGUUGGCGCGCUUUAGCUGCUGAUAUUGAGGGGAGACACAGGCUGGUAUCUGAGAUUCGUCAAGUCUUGAAUGCUAUGCGUAGGGGCGAGAACUUACGAGCUGAGGAUUAUAUGCUCUUUGAUCCAUUUAUAAAUGGGGCUGCUGAGUUGCAUGACAGGCAUAGAGAUAUGAGACUUGAUGUUGAUAACAUGUCUUAUGAGGAAUUGUUGGCAUUGGAAGAGCGCAUAGGAAAUGUGAGCACUGGAUUGAGCGAGGAAACCAUUAUGAAGUCUAUGCAACAGCGGAAGUAUCUUUCUAUCGCGGUAGUAUCCCAAUCAAACUUGGAGCCAUGCUGCAUAUGUCGGGAGGAGUAUGUUGCUGGUGAUGAUAUUGGGACUUUGGAUUGCGGGCAUGACUUCCACACCAACUGCAUCAAACAGUGGCUGACACAGAAGAAUCUUUGCCCUAUUUGCAAAAUGACUGGUUUAGGCACUUGAGAGGGAAAACCAUUAUUUUUAAACCCUGAAAACUUAAUUUUAUUUCUUUGCCAGUGGAUCAUUAAACCCAUUGCUUUGGUUGAAAAUAUAGUAAUGUGUCUCAUUCCUUUUAUCCAAAAACUAGUAUUUACUAAGCUCGUGAAAUGCACGGGUUCAUAAAUGUGGAGAAAAGGGUUGUAAGUUAUAGAAGAUCAUGGCAAUGGUAAUGGAUUUGUGUAUUGCCUGAAAUGGAUAAAUUUAGACUUUGAAAUUCUAUUAAUGAUGUUAUCAAGUUUUUAAA